GCUGGGUAUGUAUUAUCCAGAUUACGGGGCGGGCCGGUAAAUUACCCGGAUGUGAAAAACCACGUGCAGUCUUCCUCGGUUCGCCACACGAUUCUGCUCUCCAGCAGUCGUAGCAUUUCGUCUUGCAGACCUUACAGCACCUACAAUCCUUUAAACUCAAAGAUGUUUCGCUUGCCAACAGUCAUGAAGCAGGUGAGGCCCGUGUGCCGGGCACUAGCCCCUCACCUGACACGAGCCUACGCCAAAGAUGUGAAGUUUGGAGCUGACGCCCGUGCCCUCAUGCUGCAGGGAGUGGACCUGUUGGCCGAUACUGUGGCUGUCACCAUGGGCCCAAAGGGUCGCACCGUCAUCAUUGAGCAGAGCUGGGGCAGCCCUAAGGUCACAAAGGAUGGUGUGACGGUGGCCAAGAGCAUCGACCUGAAGGACAAGUACAAGAACAUUGGCGCCAAGCUGGUCCAGGACGUGGCCAACAACACUAACGAGGAAGCUGGCGACGGCACCACCACAGCCACAGUGCUGGCCCGUGCCAUUGCCAAAGAGGGUUUCGACAACAUCAGCAAAGGCGCCAACCCUGUGGAGAUUCGCCGCGGAGUCAUGAUGGCUGUAGACACCAUCAUUAAUGAACUGAAAAAGCUCUCCAAGCCAGUCACCACUCCUGAGGAGAUCGCACAGGUUGCUACGAUCUCAGCCAAUGGAGACGUGGAGAUAGGUAACGUGAUCUCCAACGCCAUGAAGAAAGUCGGCCGCAAGGGAGUUAUCACAGUCAAGGAUGGGAAGACGCUGCAUGAUGAACUGGAGAUCAUCGAGGGAAUGAAGUUUGACCGUGGUUACAUCUCCCCGUACUUCAUCAACACUGCCAAGGGUCAGAAAUGUGAGUUCCAGGACGCCUACCUGCUGCUGAGUGAGAAGAAGAUCUCCAGCGUCCAGAGCAUCGUGCCGGCCCUGGAGAUCGCCAACCAGCACCGCAAACCGCUGGUUAUCAUUGCUGAAGAUGUGGAUGGGGAGGCUCUGAGCACCCUGGUUCUCAACAGACUCAAAGUUGGACUUCAGGUGGUGGCUGUUAAAGCUCCAGGCUUUGGAGACAAUAGGAAAAACCAGCUGAAGGAUAUGGCCAUUGCCACUGGGGGCACUGUGUUUGGGGACGAAUCUUUGGGUCUGGCUCUUGAAGACAUACAGGCUCAUGACUUUGGCAAAGUGGGCGAGGUGCAGAUCACCAAAGACGACACCCUGCUGCUGAAGGGAGGAGGCAAACCAGCUGAUGUAGAGAGACGGGCAGCGGAGAUCGCAGAGCAGCUGGAGAGCACCACCAGCGACUACGAGAGGGAGAAGCUUAAUGAGAGGCUGGCCAAGCUGUCAGACGGCGUGGCCGUGCUCAAGAUCGGAGGAACGAGUGACGUGGAGGUGAAUGAGAAGAAAGAUCGUGUGACCGAUGCUCUGAACGCCACCAGGGCAGCUGUGGAGGAGGGCAUCGUUCCAGGAGGAGGCUGCGCUCUGCUGCGCUGCAUCCCUGCUCUGGAGGGCCUGAAGCUUGCCAACGCCGACCAGAAGAUCGGUGUGGACAUCAUCAAGCGGGCGCUUCGUAUCCCAGCCAUGACCAUCGCUAAGAACGCGGGUGUAGAGGGCUCCCUAGUAGUGGAGAAGAUCCUGCAGGGACCAGCUGAGAUCGGCUACGACGCCAUGCUGGGAGAGUUUGUUAACAUGGUGGAGAAGGGCAUCAUCGACCCCACGAAGGUGGUGAGGACGGCGCUGUUGGACGCUGCAGGCGUAGCUUCUCUUCUCUCCACCGCUGAGGCUGUAGUGACAGAAAUUCCCAAGGAGGAGAAGGAGAUGCCAGCGGGCAUGGGAGGCAUGGGGGGAAUGGGCGGCAUGGGAGGUGGCAUGGGUUUCUAAGCCAGUCCUCCUGACUGUGGCUGUACAGACUACUAGGAUGGGUGGCUGAGGUGCAGGAAACGCUACAAGAACCUGCAACCACCUCCAACGAACUCUGCCACAAUGACUGACGCAAGCGCUGCCCCCACUUUUACAUUCUGCCCUCUGCCUCUACAUCUGGGUUUCUGGAGGAACCAGCCGCGUGAAUCUGCUGCUCUGUCCAGUUUACCCAGUGUGGAGGUGGAGACCCCAUCAAGCCCACUUACUACGCCGACGUCUCUUCAUGGCUCUGCACAGUGAACCAUCGCGUCAUCUUUAAAAAUACUCAUAUGGUGUUUAAACUGUGGAGAAAGUAGUAAAGUGAUGAUCAGUGGCUGUAGACUUCACAGAAACUAACACUGAUGUGAGUUAUUGGAGGGCCUGUGCAACAAGCCUAGAAAGGAAUGUUUGUCUUUUUGUCUUUAGUAUUUUGUUAAUUCUUUUGUUCUAUACAUGUCAUUAAAAAAAUGUAAUUUGAUUUAAUUAAACCAGUUUUGUUACCA